AUGAAAUUGGAGUUCACCGAGAAAAACUACAACAGCUUCGUGCUUCAGAACCUGAACAAACAGAGAAAGCGCAAAGAGUACUGGGACAUGGCCCUGACUGUGGACCACCAUGUCUUCUUUGCACAUCGCAACGUGCUGGCCGCGGUCUCUCCACUGGUGAAGAGUCUCAUCUCCAACCACAACAUGAAGACCACUGAUGAGCUCUUUAUCACCAUUGACCCCAACUACCUGAGUCCGACCACGGUGGACCAGCUCCUGGACUACUUCUACAGCGGAAGGGUGGUAAUCUCAGAGAAGAAUGUGGAGGAGCUGCUUCGUGGGGCCCAGUAUUUCAACACACCACGCCUUCGAAUUCACUGCAGUGACUUCCUGAUUAAGUCCAUCCGCCGUGCCAACUGCUUGCGCUACCUCUUCUUGGCUGAGUUUUUUGAGCUCAAAGAGAUAUCAGACUUGGCCUACUCUGGCAUUCGCGACAACUUCCACUACUGGGCCAGUCCUGAGGCCUCCAUGCAGUUCAUGCGCUGUCCACCUGUCAUCUUCAGCCGCCUGCUCCGAGAUGAAAACUUGCAUGUGCUCAAUGAGGACCAGGCUCUCAAUGCACUCAUCAAUUGGGUAUACUUCCGGAAGGAUGAGCGGGAGAAGUAUUUCAAGAAGUUCUUCAAUUACAUCAAUCUUAAUGCUGUCUCCAACAAGACGCUGAUGUCUGCCAGCAACAAGCUGACGGGCAUGGAGGACAGCUCAGCCCACGCAACCCUGAUUGAGAGUGUCCUUGUGGACCGCAGGCAGGAGAGGCCAACCAGCCUGCUGAGCUACCAGCGGAAAGGGGCCCUGCUUGAUUCGGUGGUCAUCCUAGGUGGCCAAAAGGCCCACGGCAAGUUCAACGAUGGAGUGUUUGCUUAUAUCAUUCAGGAGAACCUGUGGUUGAAGCUCUCAGAAAUGCCCUAUCGGGCAGCAGCACUUAGUGCCACCUCUGCUGGUCGCUACAUCUACAUCUCUGGUGGUACCACUGAGCAGAUUUCAGGGCUGAAGACGGCUUGGCGGUAUGACAUGGAUGACAACUCCUGGACCAAGUUGCCCGACCUGCCAAUUGGGCUUGUCUUCCACACCAUGGUGACCUGCGGGGGGACAGUGUACUCAGUGGGUGGGAGCAUUGCCCCAAGGAGGUAUGUCUCUAACAUCUAUCGCUAUGAUGAGCGCAAGGAGGCCUGGUACCUGGCAGGGAAGAUGAGCAUCCCUAUGGACGGCACAGCCGUGAUCACCAAGGGUGACCGGAACCUGUACAUUGUCACUGGGCGGUGCUUGGUUAAGGGCUACAUCUCCCGGGUCGGGGUGGUGGACUGCUUUGACACCAACUCUGGGGACGUGGUCCAGUGUAUCACCUUCCCCAUUGAGUUCAACCACCGGCCCCUGCUCUCUUUUCAUCAGGACAACAUCCUCUGUGUGUACAGCCACCGGCAGAGUGUGGAAAUCAACCUGCAGAAGAUAAAGGCCAACAAGACAACUACCUUAGUGCCUCUCUUGCCCAACAACUGCCCCUUGGAUGUGUCCCAUGCUAUAUGCUCCAUUGGAGACAACAAGGUGUUUGUAUGUGGAGGUGUCACCACAGCCAGUGAUGUCCAGACAAAGGACUACACCAUCAGUCCAAACGCCUACAUGCUGGACCAAAACGCAGGUGAGUGGAAGACCCUGGCCCCCCCACCAGAGGCCCUGGACUGUCCUGCCUGCUGUCUAGCCAAGCUACCUUGCAAGAUUCUUCAAAGGAUUUAA